CAUCUGCAAACUUCAAAUUUUCUACUUCCACAAAUUUUGACUACAGUCAAAUUGUAUGUUACAUAUAUCCACCAGUCAAUCUCUGUUUUCAUUUUCCAGCGUUUUUCUAAAGCAGCAACACUUCAAGAACAACAAAAAGUGCAGUGAAGGCAUAAAAUGGAAGGCACCGUGUUUGUCCCUGCACUAGAGGGAAUGAAACAUGUGAAGUCUGAGAGUGGAGAAAUGCUCACAAAGGAGUUUCUGGAAGUAUGCAAGCAGAUACUGCCUGUUAUAGAUGAAUUUGGAGCUGCUAUGGCACUUGUCAAAGCGGACAUCGGUGGUAAUAUAACAAGGUUGGAGAACAAGUAUCUAACUAGCCCAUCAGAAUUUAACCUCCUCUACAGCAUGGUAAAAGUGGAAGUUGAAGCUAAGACUGCAAAAGGAUCAUCAAGUUGUACUAAUGGUCUUCUUUGGUUAACAAGGGCGAUGGAUUUCUUGCUAGAAUUGUUCCGAAAUCUUCUUGAGCAUGAAGAUUGGACCCUGUCGCAGGCCUGCUCAGGUUCGUACCAGAAGACUCUAAAGAAAUGGCAUGGCUGGCUAGCCAGUUCAACUUUCACGCUAGCACUGAAGCUUGCUCCGGACAGGAAGAAGUUCAUGGAAGUUAUAGGCAGAACAGGUGACAUUAAUGCUGACAUUGAGAAGUUCUGCACAAACUUCACACCACUUCUUGAAGAGAACCACAAAUUCUUGGCCAGCGUUGGAUUAGAUGAUCUGAAGGCAUCUUAGAUAUUCGCCCUAGUAGAUCCCGUACUAAAAUAUACCCUUCGCCGCACUUAAAGCUGCAUAAUCAAAAGGAUUUAAGCGCCAUACAUAUUUAUUUUUUUUCAUUGUAUCUGCUUGAUCUGCACUUUAUAUUGUAAACUUCGACAUUAUGAAAAUAAGUAAUUCUAUGUACUAAACCCGCGCAUUUAAACUCAA